AUGCUUCGUAAUAUGAAAAUACAGCAACGUGCUUUGACUCGUGGUUUAGCUACAAUUGCCGACCCAGCUGCCAAUCCUCAUAGACAUUAUGGAGGAUUAAAAGAUCAAGACCGUAUUUUUCAAAAUGUUUAUGGAACUUAUGGACAUGAUUUAAAAUCAGCCCAAAAGAUGGGUGAUUGGUAUAAAACCAAGGAAAUCAUUUUAAAGGGGGAUAAAUGGAUUAUUGAUGAAAUGAAAAAAUCAGGAUUAAGAGGUAGAGGAGGUGCUGGAUUCCCCUCUGGACUUAAAUGGUCAUUUAUGAAUCCUCCUGGAUGGGAAAAGAAUGCUGGUCCAAGAUAUUUGGUUGUGAAUGCGGACGAAGGUGAACCAGGUACUUGUAAAGAUCGUGAAAUUAUUAGAAAAGAUCCUCAUAAAUUAGUUGAAGGUUGUUUAUUAGCUGGUAGAGGGAUGAAUGCUACUGCAGCUUAUAUUUAUAUUAGAGGUGAAUUUUAUAAUGAAACUGUAGUAUUACAAAAUGCUAUUAAUGAAGCAUAUAAAGCAGGAUUAAUUGGGAAGAAUGCAUGUGGAUCAGGAUAUGAUUUUGAUAUUUUUAUUCAUCGUGGUAUGGGUGCUUAUAUUUGUGGUGAAGAAACCGCAUUAAUUGAAUCAAUUGAAGGUAAAGCAGGUAAGCCAAGAUUGAAACCUCCUUUCCCAGCUGGUGUUGGUUUAUUCGGUAGACCAACUACUGUUGCCAAUGUUGAAACUGUUUCUGUUGCCCCAACUAUUUUAAGAAGAGGUGGUGAUUGGUUUGCUUCAUUUGGUCGUGAAAGAAAUCAAGGUACUAAAUUAUUCUGUAUUUCUGGUCAUGUUAAUGACCCAUGUACUGUUGAAGAAGAAAUGUCUAUCCCAUUGAAAGAAUUAUUAGAAAAACAUUGUGGAGGUGUUAAAGGUGGUUGGGAUAAUUUAUUAGGGGUUAUUCCAGGUGGUUCCUCAGUUCCAGUAUUGACAAAAGAUGUUUGUGAAAAUGUUUUAAUGGAUUUCGAUGCAUUAAGAGAUGUUGGAUCUGGUUUAGGUACUGCUGCUGUUAUUGUUAUGAAUAAACAAACUGAUAUUAUUAGAGCCAUUCAAAGAUUUUCUCAUUUUUAUAGACAUGAAUCUUGUGGUCAAUGUACUCCAUGUCGUGAAGGUACUGCUUGGUUACAAAAGAUGAUGGAUAGAUUUGUUAUAGGUCAAGCUACUGAAAAGGAAAUUGAUAUGAUUUUUGAAUUAACUAAAGAAAUUGAAGGUCAUACAAUUUGUGCCUUGGGAGAUGCUGCUGCAUGGCCAGUUCAAGGUUUAAUUAAAUCAUUUAGACCAGUCAUGGUUGAUAGAAUUAAUCAAUACAAGAAAGAUCAUGAAGCUCCUGCUCCAGGUGGUUGGGUUAGUGGUGGUAAGGUUAAAGAAGGUAUUGUUGUCGAUAACCCAAUGCCAGCUGCUCAUUAG